CUUGUUUAUACACGGAGGAAAGAAGACACAGUGUUAAGGUUACUAUCCUUGAAAUCCCAUUUUUCUCCUUCCCCCCUCCUCCGUCAGGGGAGAGAGAGAGAGAGAAAAGAAAACUCAAUCUAUGUGCAAAAGCCCUGUGUUUGUUCUAUCGACUUCAAAUGGUUGAGUCUGAAUCCGAUUCGACGUUAUGAUCUUCAAAUAAGGACUCAAUUCGUGUUUGCGAUCGUUAAAACAUCAAGUGAUUUCAGAUUUCAAGUUUGACUUGGGCGGUUGUGAUUUCGUGUUUGGAAGAGAUGAAUGGUGGUGGUGGUGGAGGAGGAGAGAGCGCGGUAGCUUUGGCGGGUCCACCGCCGCCUGCGCUCGAGUGGAAAUUUUCUCAAGUUUUUGGGGAACGUACGGCAGGAGAAGAGGUUCAAGAAGUUGAUAUCAUUUCAGCUAUUGAAUUUGAUAAGAGUGGUAACCAUCUUGCUACUGGUGAUCGUGGAGGUAGAGUUGUUCUAUUUGAGAGAACAGAUGCUAAAGAUCAUGGUGGAAAUAGAAGGGAUCUGGAGAUGAUGGAUUCUCCUGUCAGUAGACAUCCAGAGUUCCGCUACAAAACAGAGUUCCAGAGCCAUGAACCUGAGUUUGAUUAUCUAAAGAGUUUGGAGAUUGAGGAAAAAAUAAACAAAAUCAGAUGGUGUCAGACAGCUAAUGGAUCUGUUUUUCUGCUAUCCACUAACGACAAAACUAUUAAAUUUUGGAAGGUUCAAGAGAAGAAAGUCAAGAAAAUCUCUGAGAUGAAUGUUGACCCUUCCACGACUGUUGGAAAUAGUAAUGUUGCCAGUUCAAGCAUCUCUUCUGCCCCUAAACCACACCUUGCCAAUGGUGGUUGCAUUGACAAAAGUUACAAUAAUCUGAGCAGUGACUCCUCAAUCCCACAAGGCGGAGUUCCAUCUCUACGCUUACCAGUGGUAACAAGUUAUGAUACCAGUCUUGUGGCAAGAUGUAGAAGGGUUUAUGCGCAUGCACAUGACUAUCACAUCAAUUCCAUUUCUAAUAAUAGUGAUGGCGAAACCUUUAUAUCAGCUGAUGAUCUUCGGAUAAAUCUUUGGAAUUUGGAAAUUAGCAAUCAAAGUUUCAAUAUUGUAGAUGUGAAGCCUACAAACAUGGAGGACCUGACCGAGGUGAUAACAUCAGCAGAAUUUCAUCCUACUCACUGUAACAUGUUGGCAUAUAGUAGCUCAAAAGGAUCAAUCCGCCUUAUUGAUUUGCGGCAGUCAGCUCUUUGUGAUACCCAUUCUAAAUUGUUUGAGGAACAUGAGGUACCUGGUACUAGGUCCUUUUUCACUGAAAUAAUAGCAUCUAUUUCAGAUAUCAAAUUUUCAAACGGUGGAAGACACAUACUUAGCCGUGAUUAUAUGACACUCAAGCUAUGGGACAUCAAUAUGGAUGCGGGUCCUGUUGCUACAUUCCAGGUUCAUGAGUAUCUAAGACCUAAGCUGUGUGAUCUGUAUGAGAAUGAUUCCAUCUUUGAUAAAUUUGAAUGUUGCUUGAGUGGAGAUGGUCUCCGAGUGGCAUCAGGUUCUUACAGCAAUCUUUUCCGAGUGUUUGGUUCCACCACUGGUAGCUCAGAAGCAACCACAUUAGAAGCCAGCAAAAAUCCCAUGAGGAGACAAACUCAGCCUGCUCCUCCAUCUAGGCCUACCAGAUCUAUUAGUAGUUUAACAAGAGUUGUAAGACGAGGAGGAGCAGGAGGAGGAGUGGAGAAUCAAGGAGUUGAUGCAAAUGGAAAUUCAUUUGAUUUCGCUACGAAACUGCUCCACAUGGCAUGGCAUCCGACAGAAAAUUCAAUCGCGUGUGCUGCUGCUAACAGCUUAUACAUCUAUUAUGCCUGAAAAGUUGAUUCAUGAAUGAUGAUGAUCAUAGAAUUGGAACUAACUGUUUCUGCUGCUCCAACAACAAUUUCCAGUCUUAAAAAAAAAGGUAUUCACCCCAAAGACAGAUUAUUAUGGGUACCUACCUGAAUUUGCAGGCACAAAUUUAUUUACAUUAGCAGCCCUUAACUGUUCCUAGCCCCCCACCCCCUGCCCCCGGGAUUGCCAAUUUUUUUAUGCAUUUUGAAUUUUUUCGUUGUUCCGAAAGAAAAAGUUGGGUUUCUAUUCUAUAAUCUUAUAUCUGUUUGGGCUUUUAGAACUCUAGCUAGGAGGGGAAAGAAGCUUAUUGUUGUAGCUCUCCUACAAAAUGAAUUAUGUGCAAAUAUUGCCCUAGCUUAAUAUGUAGUUUUCUAUUUCUUUUUUUAUUUUAUUUUUUAUUUUAAAGAAAAUUGAAUUUAUGA